AUGUUACCACCUCCCUCAUUACUCGUCUUGGCCUUUGCUGGUCUUGCGCACAGCAUCUAUGCUGCAUCCAGCACUCCACGGGGUGCGGUGAACAGCGAACCGUUUCAUCGCCCGGAAUCCAUUUCCAACCUCUCGUUUGAAGAGUUCCUUGCAAAAGUAAGCCGCAUAAACAAGGCAACAAGUCCCGCGCGUUAUAGACGCCAGGAUGGUGAUGUUGUGCUAGGGGAAGUUCACAAUAACCCCGAAGGAAACGAGAUGCUCCGGGAGUUUCAUAAGGAAUGCAGAAAGUUUCGCGGGUACCGCGCCAUGAGCGGCGUGUGUGCCGGGAAGUCGCUCAUGAGAAGGAGCAUAUACUGCGGCAAGCCGGGAGAUUCGUCGGCAAAGCGGAAAGCUACGAGUCUGUACUGUCCCGAGGGCAAGAAAUGCGGCUUACGUUAUGCCUUCAACUACCAUGAAAACUACGUCCAGUGGCCGGUCUGUGUCGAUACCGUCAAAGUCGACAGGCCGACGAGAAGAACCGAUCCAAUCCCUGGAUUCUCGGCGGAUUAUUUCGCUUCUGUGCCGGGUUCCUUCGAUGGUGUACCGCAAUCUCCAGGAACCCGGUAUUUCCAUUUUCAAAUGGACUCGUAUGUGAAGAAUGGCGAAGCUGCUCCGUACGGCUUCUUCACUGACACGGCCGGCCAUUCGGGCUGGGGGCUGACCUGGUCCUGUUUUCAUUGCCCACCUGGGUUGGUCAAGAUUCAUUCUAGGGAGCGUGCGCUCGCAUACGCCUACGUAGAUUAG